AGGGGAGGAGGAGCCACAGUUUGAGUACUGAAGUCAUAAUUGCUUGGAGGCUAUAAAAAGGCAGUUGCACAGUAAGUAAUUUAUACGUGGUCAGCCUUGACUCUAUGGAUUUACUCAUUCCUUUUCCUCUAUUUUUGUCAUCUAUUCCUACCAAGGAGUCCCCAGCCCAGAUGUCGGCUGAGGAGGGGGACUGAAACUUCUUCUCUCUGGAGGAAAGGUUGCAGGCAAUGAAGAGGAAGAGCAGCUGAAGGAGCAACUCUGGUAAAUAGGGUCUUUUGCCUUUUGGAAAAUGCAUUUACCGCACUCCUUGGCAAGUCCCUCAGAAAGAACAGAACGUGUUUGCUUCCAGAGAUGAACACGUCUUCUCAACUGUAUGUUUCUGAACUAAACCUGAGUGCCUUGGGUAGCAACUUUACUGUGCCUACUGUCAAGAGCAAGUCAUCGCCAUGUGAGCAAGUGGUCAUUGCAGCUGAGGUGUUCCUAACUCUGGGCAUUGUAAGCCUCCUUGAAAAUAUCUUAGUUAUAUGUGCAAUAGUUAAGAACAAGAACUUGCAUUCACCCAUGUAUUUUUUUGUUUGCAGUUUAGCAGUGGCUGACAUGCUGGUUAGUGUGUCUAACGCUUGGGAGACCAUAACGAUAUACUUAAUAAACAAUAGACACAUUAUUAUGGAAGAUGCCUUUGUCCGUCAUAUAGACAAUGUCUUUGAUUCAAUGAUCUGCAUAUCUGUGGUGGCUUCCAUGUGCAGUUUGCUGGCUAUAGCAGUAGACAGGUAUAUCACUAUCUUUUAUGCCCUGCGUUAUCACAACAUCAUGACAAUGAAAAGAUCAGGGCUUAUUAUUGCAUGCAUCUGGACCUUUUGCACGGGUUGUGGCAUUAUCUUCAUUCUUUACUAUGAAUCAACUUACGUGAUCAUUUGUCUCAUCACUAUGUUUUUUACCAUGUUGUUCCUCAUGGUCUCACUGUACAUCCAUAUGUUCCUCCUGGCUCGUACUCAUGUGAAGAAAAUAGCUGCUUUGCCUGGGUACAACUCUGUCCGUCAAAGAACCAGCAUGAAAGGAGCCAUCACUCUGACUAUGCUUCUUGGCAUCUUCAUUGUUUGCUGGGCUCCAUUCUUCCUUCAUCUCAUCCUGAUGAUCUCCUGCCCUCAAAACCUCUACUGUGUUUGCUUCAUGUCUCACUUCAACAUGUACCUCAUUCUCAUCAUGUGCAACUCAGUGAUUGAUCCCUUGAUCUAUGCCUUUCGUAGCCAGGAAAUGAGGAAGACCUUCAAAGACAUAAUUUGUUGCUAUAGCCUGAGAAUGAUCUGUGGGUUAUCAAACAAGUAUUAAGAAAACAAAACCAAACCAGGAAAGAGAAUGGAAAUGCAACAUCUUGCCGCAUCUUGUAAUUCUGCUGAAAUGCCUACGGAACAUCUUUCGCCAUUCAGCUGUCAUGAUUUCUGCGGCAAUCAGAAACCAUUUUUUAAUAUGUGAUUUUACCCUUCUUUCCCUCCACACACACCUCUCACACUAGUGGUAGGAGCUACUCAGUGCAUCUGUAUUACUGGGAGAAAGAGUAUUUUGAAUCUCAUUUACCCUACUGAAGUCUGGAUCUGAUAAGAGGAUUAUACAGGGAAAGCCUUAUUUUUCUUUCUGCUAAAUGCAACGAGUAUGAUCUGCCAUGCAAAUGAGCCCAUCAGCCUCUCACUGUGUGUUUCUCUUGAUAUUCUUUGUCUCUCUAGAUACAGCAUGGCUUAUUUUGAUGCCCAGAAUUAACAGAUUUUUUGCUAUUUCCCUCUGAAGACAUAAAAUCAGAGAAGUAGCUCCAAUUAUCAGGGUUCACAUAGCUUGCUCAACAGUUAGGACCAAUAUGUAUGCACGUAUCAGUAGUCUUGUAUUCCAGUCAUGACCAUUACUGCCAUAAAAUAUGUGUUAUGUAAGAGGACGGUGUUACCAUGAGGUUUUCCCGGUUGGAUACAGUACUUUGUCAUAUCUGACUUUAUGUGUUCUUAUCCCUGUGGGGUAAGAUGUACCUUAGGUGGAUUUUAAGGCUGAAUAUGAAGACCGAUCUGAUUCUCAUUUGUCUGUUUUCUUUAUUUGCCAGGGCUAGGGAAGUAAAAGGUACAUGGCCUCUAGACAGUCAUGUAAUGGUUUGUGGAGACAGAAGGACUGGGUGAGUGGCUGCCUUUAUGUAGACAUUAGAAAAGUGUUUUAGUUAGGAGUAGCUUUUUUUACUGGAGGAAGUUGUACUGUAGAUUUCAUCUUUCAAGCUGGGAGAGACAAAACAAGUUUGAUGAUCAGAAGGCAUAGCAGGCAAUGGCAAAACAGGGAUUUCAAAACCUCAGGCACAUGUAGCUAUAACAGAGAAUCCUGACUUUUGCUCCCCAGACAAAGAGGUUUUGUCUUUGUUGAGAGGAUUCUAAGGUGAAACCCUCAUGCCUUUUAUGUAAUUUGCAUCUAGUCAUGCUCUCAUAAACAGGUUGUUCUGCAACAGCUGUGUAACAUGCAAAAUAUUGGAUUUAUCGCAGAUGAAGGAAGUGCAACUGUGGCAUUGAUUUCUUGAUGCCAAUGGAUGGUACAUAUCUUGCACUGAGAUAUAAGCUAUGAAAAUAUUUCAAGCAGUGGUACCCUCCUGACUAGAUAUCAGAAAAUAUCUUGGAAAAGUGAAUUAUUUCUUCUGAAAAGCUGAAAUAAUAACACUUGUUAUACUUGGUUUAGGGAUGCUCUAAAACUGUUGUUGUCAAUAGAAGUACUAUGAUUGAUUCAGUGGGCCUUAGGUUAAACCUUCAGGGUGGAAGUUCUGAUCAGGUGUUAGGAAAAUUUUUUUACCGUAAGUGUGGUCAAACAUGGGAACAGGUGCCCAGUUGUGAAGUCUCCAUCCUUGGAGAUAUUCAGAACUUGACUGGCCAUAGCCCUGAACAAUCUGCUCUAAGUUGAAAGCUGACUCUAACUUUGAAGUUGGCCCUGCUUUGAAUGAGUAGGAAUAGAUGACCUCCACAGGUCCCUUCCAAACCAAGUUAUUCUGUGAUUCUGUGGAACAGUUUGCAUAUUAUGAUAAAAUUAUCAUUUUUUUUCCCCCUCCUAAUUUAAUCUCUUGUGUAAGAAGAAUCGUAAACAAUUCUCCUCCACGCAUUUAGAAAGAUAGCAUACUUUGUGUCUUCAUUUGCUUUGGAGGUCUCUGGCAGGAUAAGUAGGGUGCAUCUUUAGCACCAGAGUUAUACCUUUUGUCUGCUGCACCUUAAAAUAUAUACUGCCUUCAGCUCGCACAUAUCUCCCUCUGACAUGAGUGGGAAUGCUAUUCUCAGUGGAGACACCUUAUUAUGCUGACUGUAAAUAUAAUUAUUAUAUCAGUGCACUAGGUACUGGAAUCUUCCUUCGGCUAUAUCUGAAAAUGGGAUUUCAGAGGUAUGCUUGUGGUCGGUAGUGAGAAUCAUGCCUUGUUUCAGUCCACCUCUUAACCCCAUCCAUAAAUGACACCUAAGAGUGGGCUCUUGCUACUCUGAAUGUAAAUAGCAAAAGGAGACAGUUCAAUUGCAUAGUGAAAGGCACCAGCUGAUGUAAAUAAAUCAUUACAUCUUCACUGGGUGUUGCAAAUGAGACAGUCUUGUACAUAAUUGUAAAUGAACAAAGAGAAAUCCAAAACUGUAAUAGCUUUGGGUAUUUUCUUGAAUUGUACAUUACUUUUUUGUUGGAAGUUUAUUUGAUGUAUAAAACACAGACAUAUGAAGAAACUAUUAAACUGGAUUGCUGUAAA